AUGAUGAAAGUUCAAAGACCACUUUGUCCGGAUAUAACAUUCAGAUUGAUACAUGAUAUAAGCCCAGAUACAUUAGGUGAUAUUAAUGAGCCCGGUGAACUCAGCGAGAAAGAUCUACGUAUCACUGAUUUCUUAUCAGACACCUACAACAAUUGGAUUAAAACUUCCAGCGAUAUCACCAAUAAAAAUGACAAAAACAAAGAAUAUACCAAAUCAUCGAAGAUUAUCGCCAAUGAUUCAAAUAAGAAAGAUAUGGCAUGUGAAAAUGAUGAUGCGUUGAGAUUUUUAGAACAUGCUUUGAAAGAAAGAACUCCCUAUACCAAGUCUACUAAUAGUAUUAAUAAUAAUAUUGUAGAGAAAAAUUACCUCAGUAAAGAAUUGAUUUGUACAAAGAAUGAAUGGAAUGAGAAACAAUUAGACAAUAGACUAUCACCUGUAGAUAUUACAUUAAAAGAAAAUAAACCCAGACGCCCAAGAAAGCUUCCAGAAAUACCAAAAAAACAUCAUGGUCUCGCUGCUGUAAAUAAGAAGAGUUUAGCUGAAGAAUUAGGAGAUGUGUUGAUAACCAAACUAGAGAAUGAUGACACUGACGAUGUCUUUGAUGAGAAUUCGGAAGAUGCGUUUUUAAGACGUCAUGCAGGUCAUUUAUUUGAUAGAGCAAAUCGUAGUAGUAAUACAACACCACGUAGUAAUAGAUCUCGUACUGGUAGUAAUUCUACUGAUAGUGAUUUUAAUAUAGAUGAUGAUGAUACAAGAUCUCAACAUCCCUCUGUUAUAUCUUACAGUAGUGGUAGAGGAAGAAAAGGUUCUGAUGAUAAUAGUAAGACAUAUUUUUACUUACAAUAUUAG